CUCGGUUCCUAACGUGGACACGUGGGUAGUCGCACAGACCGUAAGCACCGGGCAAGCGUGCUUAAUUCAUUCAACUUUCUAACAGCGCACCUACCCGAACGGCCCUCGGUCGUUUUCCCGUGCGGGCGCGGAAAUAUUUGUCAUUCGUGUUUAUGUCGCUUCUUUAUACAGCUGUAAUGCGCGGCCAUUUUACGUGUUUACCUAGCCGGCCCAUUAAUCUUCGACCGCGCCUCGUGGAACGAUCUGUAAAUCUCGCCGGGAAAUCGUAAGAUUCCACGUCGUCGUCGUCGAGAAAGUCGCGGCUUUUUACAGGCGGCCCCUAUGUAUUUAUGACGCGAAGUAGCAUGUAAUGUGCAUACGAACGCCCCGCGAAUUUUACACAUGUAAUGCCCGACAUAACUUGAUAAACGAUUUUUAAUAUCGAUCGCGACGGACAUUACUCUAUUCGCUUAUUUUUUAUUGUGACAUAAUUUUAAUUCUAUGUUUUCCCCUAAUUCUCUUGCUGACUAAUUGCAGGUGAUGGAAAACGUAUUAAUUUUCUUUGCGAAAGCUUAUAUCUCACUUUCCUUUUACGCACAAGGCAGUCGAAUUAAUUUCCGGGUCGGCAAGUGCUCUAAAUCGAUAAUCUAAUGGUACGCGAGAGAUCGCCGGGUUAAAAUGUCUAAGCGUUGUAACUCUACGCAAGAGUGCUUAUCUGCAUCUGCAGAUCCUUUGUUUCUGUCACGCUUUGUUCGCGACAGAUAGAUAGGAUCGCAGAACGAUGAGAUCAACGUUGGCGAAAUUCACGUGGAACAACACAACGCAUGGUAGUGACACUAUUUUUUUUCUGCGGUCUGAAACUAUUUGAUUCUCGAAUAGAUCGGGUUUAAAAGCAGACCGGCAGUUUUGCCAAUCAAUUUUGGCUCUUUGCGCAAUCUUGCUGUACAGGGUGUUUCACUUCGCUCUUACUAGCAUUGACGACAGGUAGGCUGGAAUACAUUUGUGGUAUCUCGAAAUAAUUAGACGUUCUUUAUUCAAAUGCGGAGGGUAAACAUUCUAUUUUAAUGCGCAAAUAAUAGAUUGCGUUUUAUUAAGCAAAUUAAUCAUUACUGAAAAUUAACAAUUAAUGAUCGUAAAGGGCCGCGUUAUCGCCGCGUCGCCUGUUCCCUUCGAAAAUGCGGCGAACUGUUCACGCGAGGUACGUCAAACGCAAUGUUCAACGCGCGUGAAAUUUGCGGUAAAUAACAUGUUUAUUUUAUGCAACUGGUGUACAACCAGAAUUAUUUGUUGCUCGUGUGUCAAGACGCGGAUAGGUGGGAGAGCCUUGAUUUUAAUUGCUCGUUUAUACGCAAAAUCAGAGAGAAAUGGUCAACAGCGGAAUCUCGAUCGGGGCAUUUAGAUUAAAUGCACGAUUAUUAAUGACCUAAUUAUAGAUAUGCAAUACGCAUUUUCGAGGGAACUGUUUUUAAUGGGAUAGAUCUCUCCGCGUUUUUCUCUUUCUUUCUACUGCUCUUUGUCGCCAUUUUAUUUCUAUCCAAUGUUAUUCUUUGUCUCGUUGGCACGCGAACGCGUGCGAAAGAACGACAAGCAGACUGCGCCAAUUUCGUUUCUCGUUGAUUGACCCCUCGCCUUUCCAUCGACGAUAGUCGAUCUUUCACAAAUGUUUAACCACACGUUUGUAACUAUGAAAAGUGCAUAAAUGCAUCGUAUGGAGUAACCAAGUGCGCGUCGUGUUCCUUCGGAUCCCGCUUCGUUCCGUGAACCUGGCUAUCAGUUUUUCUCUCCCUACUUCGUCCCUUUGCCUCGUACCUUUGCCUCUUACCUGCCUCUCUUUCUCUUUGGUAUCUCCGUCUUCGUUUUUCUUCUGCGAGCACGCCGUCGUCGGCGACAGGCCGUCUGGCUGGUUCUCGGGUCUCCUUCCCGGUAUUAUCGCAUUAGAUACAAAAAUCGCAGACAGCCCGAAUGCCGCACACCGUCGCGGUGCAUUCUACGGAGAAAGAAAGAAAGAUAGAAUGUCCAUACUGCGUCGACGCGUAGUGUUGUCUCUCGGACAACGUUGUCGCGUCCUACUCGCUUCUUCGAUUUCGGCUAUCAAUUUCUUCCCGCUACCCUCGUUCUCUCGUUUCCUCUUGAUCUCCCUCAUCUCUCUCUCUCUCUCUCUCUCUCUCUCUCUCUCUCUCUCUCUCUCUGCAGCAGAUUGCAUUACGUUGUGUCGGCGGCAGGCAGUCUGGUCAGUUUACUCUUCAGUGGCUAGUUCAUCUCUCUCUCCGUCCGUCUCCCUCGCUCUAUUCCCAUUCCUUUUCUAGCCGUUCAUUCUUCUCUCGCGCACCUUCACCGUCGCCGCGCUACCCACGGACACGUUCCGUACCUGUCCCUGCCCCUCGCGCGUGUGCGAUACCUGCCUUGCGUGCGUGUGCGAUACGUUCCUCGGCCCCGACUGUCUCCUUCGCCAGCCAGUCCUUUAAAACCGGUACAGUACCGAUAGAAAAUAUAUAUAUCACUACGAACACGCCCUUUCGCCGUUUAAUCAUCCCCCCUCUUCCCUCUUUUUCUCGCGGACAGCUAGAUCUUGACGCAAUUAAGCCUCGAAUUCCUAGCUGCAGAGUUCAAUUAAAAUGGACGGGGGAAGUAAAACGCCGUCCUUAAAUCUUAACCUUUUCCUUUUAUUCCCUAUGUAAAUAUAUGUUACAAAACGUGGACAUGCGUCGCGCAACUACACGAUCGUUAUGUAACUGUCCUUUUUUUUGCCGGGAAGUUCGCCUCGAUUCAUCGUUCGCUCAGGAUUAUUUCUCUCUCGCGAGAGAAAGAGGGACAACUACUCGACGUUUCGCAAUGCGAUCUCCAUGCUCGAUCAUUCCGCGCCGUAAAGUCCGGCUCGUUAAAAGUGAACGUUCUUGUUCCGCCUGUUUCCAACGGAGUUGUAUACUCGAUGACGACGAUUAUAUGUUACGCUGCGUCUAUAUGUAACGCACACGGCGGCGGCUAGAUUGAAAUCGGUACGGAGAAGAAACCGAGUCGAACUGGUUGUCCAUGAAUGGGACCGUAAUCAUGCGGGGACGACGAGACGCAUACGCUUAGAGGGUCUUUGAACCAUCGGCGGGAGGAAGACAGCGCGGACGCUCUUUUUCCAACUGUCUCUUUUCCUUGCGCGUUUGCCCGUUUGAUUUUAUUCGAUCGUAAAUGUCGGUCGAUCUCGCGGAUCAAUUCCGCGGGGUCGCAAAUCCGCGAUCGUUCCGGCGCGCAUUUCGCUGAAUUACGAGUGAAACCAAAGGUGAAACGCAUCGACGCGAACUUCACUUGCCGAAGGGGGAAAAAAUGAUCAGUCUGUGAUUCUCGAAUUUAUUAAUUUUUUCGACCUUCUUAGAUUUAACCUAUAAAUACGGAGCCUCUUGGAACUCUUGCCAUUUAUUUUGUAAUUUUAACAAUUUUUUUUUAACGAAUAAAAUGCGAUUCUGUGCACGAUGUGAAAGAACACGCAAAAAAAAUAUAACAGAUAUGUGUAUAUAGUAGGGAGAAAUUUUUUUUACUUUUUUCCAUCGAAAAUAAAUUCUUGGAAUUUCACGUUCACUAGCGCGUAAUAUUUAUAGUUAUUUUGAAAAUGUGAAUUUUUUGUAGAUACAUAAGUACAAGAAUUUUCUAACUUUUAAUUUUGUAAUUAAGCUAUACGUGAGUAAAUACACAUGCAUGUCACGAGGAAUGAAAACGUAAUCAUCGGCACGCCGAUCGUGACACAAUCCGCAUAAUAUUUCAUCUCGAUUUUAUCGAGGGAUCGCUUGAACGAGUUUUGACUUGUUUAUUAUCGCAAUUUGCGGCAAGUGGGCAAAAGAAAAGAAAGGAUCAACCUGCCGGUGACGCGGUUGAAUUAUUGCACGUCGCUGCAACUCGAUUCGAAAGGACAUGUCGUCCCCGCCAUCACCGUCGUCGUCGUCGUCGUCGUCGUCGUCGUCACCGUCGUUGUCGUUGCCGUCGCAAGAUAUCUAGGUGAAGGUGUGCGAUUAGGCACUUCGCGGCAAUGGUAAACGGUUUACCAGUUUUGUUGAGCAACCGGUAAGGCGCGCAUUAAUCGACGGGAUAGUUGUGUAUCACUCGCUCGCUCGCUCGCUCACCUACCUCGUUGCUCGAUUCGCUACCGCACUUCACUCUAUUCGCGAUUCGAUCUGGAUCGAUCGGUGAACCUACUCGUUAUACCUGCAUGCGCGUUACCGCAUCGAUCGUGCGAUUAGUACGUCCAUUAUUACAGAGAGAGAGAGAGAGAGGAGGGGGGGGGGGGAGAGAUACGAAAAGGUAAUAGGAAUAUGCGUUUGAUAUAUCUCAUUAUUAUGUCAUUGAACUGUGAAAAUGCAACGUUUAAUUCUGUGGCUUUGAAUUUCACGUGGCGCAAUAUAUUCCAUAUACAUACGCAGAUUAUGCCGAUUACGGGAAUUAAAAAUCUUUACCGUCGUUUCCGAAAAUUCAGCUCUUGAUAUUUUAUAAAUAUCUCGAUUGUUCUUGAUAAAUCUCGGUUGAAAAUUCGUAUGGAAAGGACGACAUCGUGACGCGAAGAUUGUCACGAUUAACCCUUGUUACGAUCGACCUCAGACUGUCCCGUAAUAAUGUUUACCUUGACUUAAAUCUGAGGUGAUACUCGCCGUACUCGCUGUACUCGCGCGACGUCCGCGGUCCGCUCGAGCGCUGACUUUUGCAACACCGAGCCUCCGCCGGCUUUGACUUCCCUACCUGUUGCACGUCGGACCAGGCCGGUUUUUCCUUGGCUUUACCUCCUCGUUUCCACUUUGCGUCGCCGAGGAGCUUCAGCUGCUACGGCGACGUCGAUGUUGCAUCUGAAAUUGCAGAGACCGCGGACAUCCGUUUAAUCGCUACGAAUUCCCGAGAUCUCGAAUGUCCCCGUGUAGUUUUCGAAAUAAUAGAUAUCUCGUGGUCGUUGUGCCUCAGCAAUUUCUCAAGUGUUAUUUUUAAUACUUACCUAUGCAUUAUUUUGCUAAUCCGAACUAGAGUUUCAAAGAGACUCGAAAACGAACGAGAUAAAUGAUCGAUAUGUCGAUGUAUAAAUAACAAAUCCGUAUAUUUGUCUGCAUUCUUUUGUAACAGGACAGAUGAUUAAUAAUUAAAAAUAGCGUGUGGCUGGCUUUUAUGUCGGAAUUGUGCGUUUAAAACGGUCGAUCUUCUUUGUUAACGUCUCGAAUUACGCGCGGCACUGUUUAUGAAAAAUCGACCUCGAUCUUGUUUCUCUCUCUAUCUUUCUCCGGGUGAUUCUCAGGACUCCUUAAACGUUCGCACGUACGAGAGAGCGAGAAAGCGAGCGAGCGAGCGAGCGUUGGAGAAGAUCCGUCGGACCUUGACGCCGCUGCGCUCGCCAUCGGCAGAGCGGAUUCUCCGCCCGCGGAGAAUCGAUUCUGUGAGCCGCGGAAGUCGGAACAAAGGAAUCGAUUCACCCAGUGGCGGCCACCUAAUCCUCACAAAGCGCCUCACGUCGCCACGAAGUCGAAGUUUACUUUUCGUGCUCAAACAUAACUCGGGGGCUUUCGGAAGCGCGUUUGCGCGACGGCGAACGGCGCGGAGGCGACGGCGGAGGCCGAGGGACGAAAGCUGGGACGAAGAAGGAGGAUGGGCGGACCAGGGAGGGUUAAACACACAUAAUCCACCGUUUUCCGCUGUAACUCGUAACUCCCGCUCGUAUUUUCUGUCGUUCCUCUCUACGGUCCGCCUUCCUCCUCUUUCUGCCUUCUUCCGCCGCACCUCUCGCUCCAUUCGGCCUCCUCUCCCGAAAUCCCUCCGCGGAUAAACUAUUUCUGUAUUCCCGCGACGGUGCCCGACGAAAGUCAGAAAGAGAAAGAGAGAGAGAGAGACACAACGGCGUAAUGCAGCGAACUGCAUCUUGGAAACUUCGAGAGAAUCGAGUACUGUCGUGGCCUGAUGGGCGAUGCGGGCUCGCUCUUGAAAGAGCUAGUGACGAAUUAAUCUUAAAACAAGAAGGCUUUUUUAUUCUUGAGGAGAAUUUAUUCGGACGAUCUUUCCCUAAACUUGAUGGUAUAUUUUCGGUGAAAUGGAUCUCACUUAUCUUUUACUUUUUGAAAUGAUUAAUAAUAUUAUGCAAUAAUAUUGAGCGUCUGGGACUUAAUUGUUUUAUUUUCUGUAUGUAAUUUUAUAAUUAUGAAUAGGUUUUAUUCGCUGAAACUGCAGAAAAAAAUAGAGUUGUAACGUUGCGAAAUUAUUUUUUUAACGUUGAGUGCAACGCGGAAGGGAUAGGCGAAUUUUUGCGAUUUUUGAUAAGGCGAACAAUAUCGAAGAUUAAGCGUUUCGCAAAUCUUGACGAGUCGUGCCAAUUGCGAGAAAUGCCGGAUCGAUAGUAUCGCAUCACGGCCUGGAAGGCUUGGAAAUAAUGCUCGGCGAUGCUGCGCCGGGGUAUUUGACCCCUUGUAGAAAAAAAAAUGAAACAGCAAGUAAUAGGCGAUUAAGAUAUCGCGUCGAUCCACGAUUAAUGAUCCGGCGUGAAACGAGGGGCAGAUAGGCACCGCUGUAAACAACGCUCGCCCCUCGAAUCAAUAUCCGAUAUUCGGUUUAUACACUUUUCUAUGAUCUACAUUAUUAUCGAGUGAACGUUGCGCUGCUGAACGCUAUCCGAGAUAUUAUACAAGCUUCUGCGGCUCGAUUUUGCAGUAAUUAUGGAAACGAGUUUAAUUAUGUCGAAAAUCGAUGAAUAGAAACGAUAGAAAGCUGCGCGCAAAUCUUAUAAUUCGAUCAAUAUCGACUUAAUGUCGGAAAGAGGGCUCGUAACAAUUUUAUAUUGAGAAAUGUAAAAAUGCGAUUCUAGACAUCAAUCACCGUAAACUUUAUGCUGUUACGCGACAAAUCGCGGUCGCAUACUCGGAUUCUUCCGACGCGGCAUCCCGAUCCCUUAAUUCCCACGAUUUUUUAGCGCGCAGACGUUACUCGACUCUCACGCCGGAGUGCAACGCUUGCAUUUCGUCUGCGGCGAAGUGCAUACGCGCGAAAGACUGCAAGCGUUUCUUGUGGGGUCGAGCCGAGACAAGUGGGAGAGAAAGAGAGAGAGAGAAGAGAGAAGAGAGAAGAGAGACGUGCAUACACAGAGCGAGAGUGCACGCACACGUGUGAGAUACUUCUAUGCACUACGUACCGCAGGAAAGAGAGGGGAGGAGAGGAGAGGAGUAAGCACACUUGCUCUGUGUAUCGUCUGGUGGAGGGGUGCACUGGACCCCAGCCUCCUCCGUGCCGUGUGCGGUGUGUAGCCUAUGAGUCGGGUAACACAAAACCAGUCAGUCGUCUCUCUACUGGGUAACCAACCAGCUGGCCGUUGGCUUCUAAUCCUUUCUCUCUCUCUCUCUCUCUCUCUCGAUUGUUUCCGCGGCGGGACGUUUUCCGCGCCGUGCCGAGUGCGUUCCAUGUACUGUAAUCUCUGUUUGAAAUUUCGUCCAUCGGCAGAAAAAUCUCUCUCUAAUGCGGAGAGUGCAGCGAACUGAUCGAGCGCGACGAGGGGACGUUGCACCGCGAAAAACCGUGUGUUGUGGCAGAUUCGUGCGUGACACCGUGUGAUGCAAUUGCGCUCGCGUCGACGCGAGUCCAACGUUACAUUACGACGGGGCGAGAGAUACGACUGGUCGCGCAAAAUUGUCCGGGGAAAUCGAGUGCGUACGGACGCGCGCGGUCGAUAUUUAUUCCACGCGAAAAUAGCAUCGCCUCCUUCUGGCGUCGCGAUUCGACGCGUUUAAUUGGCACGCGAAAUUCUAGCCGAGGAUCGCUUUCCCGUCCGAUAUUACGGCGUGCGAGUGAGUGAGUGAGUGCGAUUUUUGUUUUACAAAUAUAAUUUGUUAUCGGCGCCUCGCCGCGGCCUCGAACGUGCCGAAGUGCAUUAAUCUUGUCGUCCGACGAUGGAUCUCGUCGAAUUGCCGAAGAGGACUUUGCCUCCUUCUUCGAAACGCAGUCGUCAAAUCCGACGAUUCCACCGUUGCGAAACUCGGGCGUUUCGCCUCGCGACUUUCACUAGUGAUUGACGAUUAUCGCGACGAGCAAAGAGUAUAAUAAAACAUUAUGCCAAUUCGCGAUAAUCGCCGAUCGUGGCAACCUUCGGUUAAGCGCCUCGUGCGCGAGCGAGCGAGUUCUCGAGUUUCACUAAAUGUUAAUUCGUCAUCUCGUGUAUCUGGUGGUGAUAAAUAGCGGCCGUGUCGCACUCUCCGUGUGACGCUCGACGCAAGGUCGUGUUUCGCCGUUACUACGGUCACUAUUCGGACGGUGACGGAAUCCUCGCGAUCGCCAAGCGCGCGGCAAGCAGCAGGGUGCGUGCCAGCCGUGUGUGCGAAAAUUCGUCUCGCGAACAUUGGAAGACGUUCAAAGGUGUCCGUUUCGGAGCAUACCGCUGUCGACGCGGGUGUCCUGUCGUCGACGAAUCGUCGCGGGAUUGGAGGGAUUACGUGCAUCAAUCGACGUGCUGGAUCUGUGUCAAGGCGGCGAGCGCGGUGUGCGAUCGGGAUGGUAAACUGUCAAAACAGCCACCUGCGAUUAAUUUCAUCUCUUGCGUAGGCAACACUUGAAGCGACGAGUGACCGCGCGGUAACGAGCUCGCCGAACGAUUUUGUAUUCCCUGAGGACAGACAGACAGCUGACAAUUGGAAAAGUCACACAAAAAAGAUUACGAGCGGAAUCGAGAUGGAUCGGAGCUUCAAGAACAACGCGGACUUCAAGAUGAAUCAGCAGAACUUCAAGCUGAGCGAUUUCGGGAUCGACGUGAAAUCCGCGUGCCACGAGCCCAAAACCGCCGUCGCCAGUCAGAGCAAUCAUUGUAAUAAGGUGAUUCGACGAGGUGGUCAGGUCGGUGGUCAGCAGCGUUACGCUCACGCGGAGAACGCGUCGCGGCACGUGCGGCAGGUCCCGAUGAGCCCGGGACGACUCGCGAGCAGCUGUUCGAAUCUCCUGCAGGUCGCGUGCAAUCGUUCUCGCGGCAGUCCGCUGAUGACGUCCAACGGCAAUCAGCAGCACGGGAACAACGGCAAUCCGAGUCAGCAGCUCGGACAGUUGCAGAGUGCCGCGACCGCGACGACGGCGGCGGCGGCGGCGGCGGCGGCGGUGAUGGUGGACCGAUUUCAGACGUCCAGUCCGAGCAACCUGUCCGGAACCGGUCCGAUCAUGCAACUCGCCUCGUCGCCCUCGUAUUGGAAACAGUACGGGGGCCAGGAAAGCGGGUAUGGCUCGGAUGAAUUCGGGCAGGACUCGCCGAGAUACACGUCGCCGAAGGGUGCCCUUUACACGGAUUCCUAUUACAUCGAUGGUAAUACUGGAACCGGUCCCGGUGACCCAUGGACGGGUAGCGGCGGUGGUGUCCAACCCCCAUACAGUGGAUACGCACCCUCUCACCUGGCGCAGCCAGCCUAUCCCAUGCACCUACCCCACGACCCUAUGGCAUACUCGGCGAUGUCACCGAACGGUGAAUCUGCAGCGCCGAUCCUGGGCUCGGCGGUGACCAAUGCGGCUUCCCUGCCGCCAAUGUCGACAUUCCGGGGUAGUGCCGCGGUCGCGGCGAACAGCGGCACAGGAGCGCCGUCGCCGGCAUCGUUGCAAUAUAGCCAUAGUCCUGGUGCACCGACGACCGCGCCUUCCGCGCCCAACACUGCGCCCACGACGAACCAGCAAUCCACCACGGACGACACCCUCGGCAAAACCCUUGCAUCCGUCGUGAGCACCCGAAUUUAUCCCACGGACCAAUCAGUAUCCAGUUAUAGCAGUAAUCCAUCUACACCCGUCAGUUCGCCACCACCUUUAACCGGCUCGGCGCCAGGUUGGGCACCUGGAGCCGCGCCAGUCUCGCCGCAUUUUACGGCGGACCCAAAUCGUGGUAUUCACAUGCCGGCGCCUGAACAGCAGAGGCUAGACGAUGCCAUCGGCUUCCUUCGCGACCACGCCGAGUUGGUACAGGGUACACGGAUGGAGGAGCGGUUAGACGAUGCCAUAAACGUACUGAGGAAUCACGCCGAGAGUCAAGUGGCCCUUCAUCUUGGCCCGGUCGGUCCACACGGCGGGAUAUACUCGCAUACCUCACCACCGCAGUUGGAUCAUUUGACGAGUCCACAUCCUGCGGUAACGGUGACGCAACCUCAGGGUUCCUAUCCCGGUCUUACGCCCACGCCCGACACAGAUGGUUCCAUCAAGAUUGAAAGGUUAUCUGUGACAAAUGCCAAAUACAUCCCCUUAGAAAAGAGGAAAGAUCCGCCCGACAGUAGUGGCGGUGAGACGAAACCAUCGAGCAGCGAACUCGCGGCGGCCGGUGUAAUCGGGGCUGCUACUGUCAACUCGACGUCGCAAGGAAAGGGAACGAAGCGAUCGCGCAGAUAUUGUUCGAGCGCCGAGGACGAGGAUGAUGAUCCCGACAUGAAGGCACAAAGGGAGAAAGAGAGGCGGCAAGCAAAUAACGCUAGGGAAAGGAUACGUAUCAGGGAUAUCAACGAGGCUCUAAAAGAACUUGGUAGAAUGUGUAUGACACAUCUAAAAACAGACAAACCUCAAACGAAGCUCGGUAUUCUCAACAUGGCUGUUGAAGUUAUAAUGACACUCGAACAACAAGUCAGAGAACGGAAUCUUAAUCCGAAAGCCGCGUGUUUAAAAAGAAGAGAAGAAGAAAAAGCCGAGGAUGGACCGAAACUACCAGGUCAUCUUGCAGCGCAUAUAGCACAUCCGCAUUCUCAUCCACACGCGCACUCCCAACCGCCCUUCCCCGCAUUACCUGGUCCACAACCUUCCCUUCAGCACAAUCCACCACAGCCGCAGUAGCAGCGGCUCAGUGGCGGUAUUAUUCUGUGUUAAGGGGUAGAUACAUCUUAAAAUCGAUAAGAAUCGAGUUUAUAAACAUGACUUACAUACCCAUGUAGAAUUUUUCUCUGCUCUUAUAAGUUGUGAAAAUGUGCAAAAAAUUGUGGAUAUUAUGGUGUUACGUUACAUUAGCAGAGAAAAAAAGACAAGAAACACAACUUCUAAAGUAUAUAUUAUUUAAUAUGAAAUUAUUAUUAUAUAAUAAUUAGUAAUUGAAUACUUUUUUCUUAUAAUUUAAAGUGCUUUGGUUUGGAAGGUAUUUAUCUAUUUAUAAUUUAAAGAUUAAUUUAAAGAUGUAUUUUAAUGCUGUAGAGCAAAAGCGACAAAAAAAUACCCAUAAUUUUUUCCACAGCUCUUCAAUAUGCAAUUAAUAAGAGAAGAAGUUCUGUACGCGCUCACCCAAGCAUAGGGCAAGUAGUUUUAAGAAGCAUCUACCCCCUCAAGGCGGCUUCAAAUUAUUUUUAUAAAUAGCGAAAAGAAAAAAACAAAGGAAUAUGGUUCCUCUUUCGAGAUAUAUAAUGUGUAGUACGAUCGAGGUUUUAUUAACGAUCGAACUUCGCUGCUGACUCAUGUUAAAUUGCCACUUCUGUGUAUACACUACCAACACGUUUACGUUAUAAUGCGCAAUAGCUAGGAAGAGAACUCGAGUUGGCGAAAAAAACGGAGUCAUUGACUAGAGAUGAAGAUAAAGGCAGCAUAUUUCCGACUCGAUUAGAUACAUUUAAAUAUACUCUUUGUUUAUAGAAAUUAACAAAUUUGAACCUCUUGUUUUUAAAUCUUAUUCGACUUUGACGAAAAUUAAAUUUAUUAGUAUGGCGUGCGGAUUAUGUCGCCUUUAUGUUGAUCGUUAGACGUUGGCAAUAUUGUAUAUAGAAACUAUUUACGAGCGUUCAGAAUGUGAAUUGAAGAUGUUAGCGGUUCGUUCACGCUCGCAAGAAUACAUUUGUCACUAGUUCGCAGUGUGAUAAGAAAAUCACAUUCCGAUGUUUGCAGCUUCUUUUCUGUAAUGUACAACUUGAUUAGAGAAACGAAGACAAUGAAAACUUUAAAUAUGUCAUUUGUUACCAAAUUUUCUUCUCUGAAAAAGAUAAAAUAUGUACAAUACAUGAGUUAUCACUCGAUAUAAAUAAAAAGAAGCUGUAAAGAACAUCUAAAUAAUAAUGAAUUCUUGUGACACUGCGUCAUUUAAUAAAAUACUCUCAGUUUUAACAUCAAUUAUUAUCUCAGAGAAAGUAAGAAAACGUUAACUGUUAGUCUAUUUAACGAAGUUAUCAGCAUGUAUUUAUUUUACUAUUUUUCAAGUAUUUUAUACGGCUAUAAUUUGAUCAUGUAUGCCAUUUUUAAGUGCCAUUUUUUUAGGAUUCUUUUCAAUGUCUGGUUUCAAUGUCGAGGUGAAUAUUAAUGCAUUCAAUUCUAGUUUAUAUCAAGCAUAAUUUAUAUGCAAACCACAUCUUAAUUUUAUUACAAGCCAUUUUAUUUCGGAUUUUGUAUAAAAUAUUUUUAUAGUAAUCGUAGGAAAAUUGCGUGAACGAUCCGUGUCCAAAACCGAAAGCGUACAUUAUAAGAGAUAACACUAUAAGAGAUAACAUUUUUGCAUUAUUUUCAACAAAUGAUUUAUUAAUCAUUUCAUUACGCUGAUCGUUCGAACGAUCUUUAAUUUAAGAAUACUGAUGAUUUUUAAUUUAAGACAUUUUAGGACAUUCUUGAAUUAUAUAUUAAUCAUUUUUAUGUAUCUUGUCUUUUAUUGUCCGCGUCUCAUGCGGAUGCAAAUUACAACUCCGAAAUGGAUUAUUCUACAUAAUUGCGGCAUUAAGAAAAGCAUUGGCUAGUAAAAAUGUGCAGUAAAAAGAAAGAAUUAGAUUUCUCUUGAUUAUUGAAUAGAUCGCAUGCUUGUCAUAACAAUUUAAUACGAAACAUUACGUUUUCAUAACAACUUUGUUAUGAAAUAUUGCGUGUACAUUAUGAACAAGAAUUGAAAAAUAUUUACGCGUGCAUUAUAAAAAAUACUGCGAUGCUUGAUGCGAUUAAAUAUUCUCGUUAUGACAUAAUAAUAUUUACAAAUGAAUUUUACAAAUAUGCAUUAUACAGUGCUUUUCUUUCAAAAUGCUGCAUUGCCGGAGAAAAGACGAUCUUUCGAUGGGUUGGGCACAUCGACUGGUUUUGGUACAUCGUUGAAUCACUCUGGACCUUCUUAAAUCAUCAGGGGGUUCUUCUUUCUGCGCUACCUUUGCCACCGAGCAUUUGGGCAAAAACUUUCUGUACUUAUAUAUACGCGGUGAAGUGGAAUGUAGAUUGAGCGAACGCGAAAUAAAUAAAGCUUCAUAAGGCGUGAUAUAAGGUCGUUAUGAACACGAUUUAGCUCGCACAAGUACGAAAAGAGCCAAACCAAUCAACCUGUCAUAAUCAUGAUUAAUUAUUAUUAAUUAUUAAUUAUUAUUAUUAUUAUUAUUAUUAUUAUCGAUUAAUCACCGUUGAUAAGAUCUUUCGUGAGAAGUAAAGAACGGAACAUUUUUGUUUUUGAACAAAAAUAUAGCUCAAACGUAUCUGUACCCAGUUGCCAUGUAUUUUAAUUUAUUUAGAUUCUUAUAAAUAAAUUUUAUUGAAGAAAAAAGAAACCAACGCAAACGCAUUGAGUGCCCGUAUUUAUUUCGCCUCUUUUCUCUUUGUUCUACUUUCUUUUUCUUUUUAUCUACUGAGAAUAUCUACUCUUGCAUAACAUAUAUCUAUAUAUUUAUAGCUAUAUUUUUCUUCAAAGGCACAACAGUAUUUCAUAGAAAUUACGCGGAAGAUUGUACGAAUGUUACAAAUAUUCUUGCUCAGACUAUGUGACAGGCUUUUCCUUUAUCAAUUUAAAAAAUUUAAAUUCAUAUCAAAAUGUGUGAAACAUAUCAUAUGUAUAUUUAUUAUAAGAAUCUGCAACAUAUUUUCUCUCUUUCGCUCAAUUUUUAACUUGCCUCAAUUCGAACAUUUUCGUAACUGAACUAACAAUUUUAUUAUAAAAUUAUAUAAUAUUUUAAAUUACACACACACACACACACAAUUAUAAAAUCAUUUUAAGUAAUACUGAAAAUUAGAAAUUUUUUUAACAUCUUGUUGAAGGAAGUUUUUUUUUCAUAUUUAGUAAUUGUAAAGAUAUUUGAAUUAUUUAGAUCGAAUAUCUGCCUCAGUUUGUAUAAUAUGUGAAAAAAAAUUUUAAAGAUACAGUACACGCGUACGCAUGAUAUAAAUAUAGAAUAAAAAUCUUUCUAUGAUUGCGAAUCAGAAUGCGAUCAUACAGUACUAAGUACUGUUAAUACUCUGUAAUAUUUGAUACACUACUGACAUUAUGAAUACUUUGAAAUAUUUUAUUUUCCAAAUUAACACAAAACACGAGAAUUGAAAAGGUUUCUCACACUAAUUUUUAUAUAAGCUAUAAACUUACAUAUUUUCACUAGAUCGUAGUCCUAUAAAACAUAAAAUUAUUUUCGUUUUCGAUCAGGAUCUGUAGACUAUAGGCAAUCUGAUCGGCAAGAACUCGCACAACCUCGCUCCACAUUUAAUUAAUAAUCAUUAAUCAUGCUCUGUUGCUUCGGCGACACUUUAUAAAAUUAUACUUAACAAAAAAAAA